AAGUAUAUACAAAUAUAUAAAAUUAUGGAGGAGCAAAAUAUUUCCAUUGAUAUUAACACUGGGAAGUUAUUGGAAUGGUUAAUCAGUAGGCGGCAUUGUAAUAAAGAUUGGCAUGCACAAGUUUUAAUUAUCAGAGAAAAAAUUAAUAAUGCUAUUCAAGAUAUGCCAGAACAUGAGGGUAUUGUAAAAUUGUUGUCUGGAGCAUAUAUAAAUUACUUUCACUGUUUAAAAAUUGUAGAAAUAUUAAAAGAAACAGAGGCAGACACAAAAAAUGUAUUUGGUAGAUAUGGAUCACAGAGAAUGAAAGACUGGCAGGAUAUUGUAAGAGCAUAUGAGAAAGACAAUGUGUACCUUGCAGAAGUUGCACAAAUUCUUAUUAGAAAUGUUAAUUAUGAAGUUCCUAGUACAAAAAAACAGAUUCAAAAGUUGAAGCAAAUGCAGAUUGAUUUAGAAAAGAAGGAGGCAGAAUAUAAAAAAUCGGAGAAUGCAGCUCAGUCAGAGUUCAAUUUAUUAUGCAAACAAUUAGGUAUUCCUGGACAUCACAUUAAACAAGAAGUGGCAGAGAAAGUAAAAGAACUUCAAGAAAUUUACGAUAAAAUUGCGAAAAAAGCAAAGUCGGUAGACAAAGCUGCAGAGUUUUAUUGUGGCUUUGUUAAUUACACUCUGGGCAGACAGCAUGAUGGUGGCUGUGUUCCCAUGUUGAAAUACGUAAUUGACAAAGGAAAUACUACCACGUAUGAAUGGAUCUAUGGAGAACCUCCAUUGUCAGUUAAUGAACCACCCUUGAACAUAAGUAUAGACAAUGAUGAUUUGGAAAAAAAGAAAACAGAAGAUACAGAUAACAUUGGAAUUGAUUUUGGUGAAAUUGACCUAAAUGCAGAUGUAGAUUUGGGUGAUAAUGUUAAUUUAGAAGAUGGGGGUGAAAUUGAUUGGGGUGAUGGCAAUGUAGUAGAAGAUGCACCUGGAGACAUAGAUUAUAAUAUUUCCUUGGAAGAAUCUGGUAUAGUUGUGGAAGCAGCUGGUCAUGAAGGUGGAGUGGCUACUGGUACUGAAGCGUAUACAAUUCUUGAUAACCCAACUACUAGAAGUGACUUUAUUAAUCAGCUAUUUGAGCUGGAAUCAUUCCUUAAAUUACGGUUGUACGAAUUUAAAGUCGAUGAUAGUAUGAAUUUUCUGAGCUUUAGUCAGCUGCAGGACUCAUCUUCUGUUCUGCAAUAUUCUACUUUGGAAAACACUCAGAAUAUGUUAGAUAAUGUAGAAGUUGUUUUAUCCGAGAUUUUGGACAAGAAAGUCCAACAUUUACAUAACAUUAAGCAUUCCCCAAGGUAUGUGGAUGUUUUAGCUGCUUCUUUAAAACAGAAGUUAAGUUUAAUUGAUAAAAUGACAGCUUUACAAAAUACUAUGAAACAAAAAAAGAAGGAUGCUGCAGAAGAAGCAGAUUCUCUUGGACCUCUAUUACAAUGUAUUAUACAGAGAACAAAGGAAUUACAAACACAGAUAGAGCAAGAUAUUUCAAAGAAAUAUAAAAACAGAGUUGUACGCUUAACUGGAGGCAUAAGUACUUUGUAA